GACCCCUACUGGUGGCGAGAAUGUCCAGAAUCCCUUUGCUUUGAUCUCUCCAGCACUGCAGAGGAGAAUCUCACUGCAGGGGCUCCGCCCAGUGUGCAAUGGUGGGAUGCUGAGAAAGUAGCUGAGUCCAGCUCUUUCAUCGCCAUCACCAAGCCUGCCGGCAUGUUUGUGGUGACGGACGAACGUGGUUUGUGGGAGGAGUCACCCACAAACUUCAUCCACGUCGCGCACAGGAGGAUCGAUAUGCCGACAAAACUGGAGCCUCGACAGCGCGGGAUCUGCCACCGCCUGGACAGCCACACAAGUGGCGUGCAGAUUUUUGGAAAGUCCUGGGGCGCUUUCCGCCACUUCGUUUGCCAAAACAGUUCUCACCGAGUGCAGAAGGAGUACAUCGCUCUAGUGGAGGGCCGUUUGGGAGGAUGCCAUGGCCCCUUCACCGGCGUCGUCGAUGUGCCCAUGAAGAAGUGGCAGGACUUCCUCCGGCGUGAGUUUGGAAGUGUGGCUUGCGCCAAAGAAGCGCAAGGCUUUCCGGCCGUGACCUGGUACUCUGCACUCAGGCAUUACUGCGUGCCAGCCACUGGACGGCUUGCUUUUUGGGGCCGUGACCGAUGGUUUACCUUGGUGCAGCUGAAGAUCCUGACAGGACGAACGCACCAGAUCAGAUUGCACAUGGCCUUCCUUGGGCACCCGCUGGUGGGGGACAUGAAGUACAACCCUGAACGCUAUGAGGAAGAUUGUGCCAUCGUGCCCCGAAUUUUCCUGCACUGCCUGCGAAUGGAGUUCCUGGACACCAAUGGCGAGACUUUCACUGCUGCGAGCGAACUUGCGCCUGAUCUACAGAUGGUACUAUGCGAGCUGCUGCGGCUGUCCUGCUCCGAGGAGCCCAAAGCAUGGCCGGAGGGGAAGCUCUUUCCAGGCCUGGCGCAUAUCCUGCAACGGAGCAAGGCUCCCGUUCCUGCACCACAGAAGGAGGAGGAUGAGUCGACAAUUCGGCAUUUCUGCAAGAAUUGUCGCAACUUUGAGGUGGCAACCCGAAGACUGGUCCGGGACAUGCGGACGCAAGAACGAACAGCCAUGUACUGGAGCCUCAAAUCCUGCACAGGUGAGCUGUCCAUCGAGGAGGCAACCCCAAAGUAUACUUGGGGACCUCCGGUACUCUGG